AUGAAUCCUCGUUCAGCUCGAUCGAACGCCGCGGGCAACGACGCGACUCGCGCGUCCGCGUCGCGGAAGACGCGACCGACGCGCGCGAGCGCGCAGCGGUCGCGCGCGUUCGGCAGGAACGAGAAGACGAGACACGCGAGGGCGGGCUCGGCGGCGAGGACGUCGCCGAGGGUGGCAGCGGCGGGGGCGGCGCUCGGAUCAGGAGGAGAAGCCUUCGGGCGUCGAGAUCUCGUCAUCACGACGCGCGGGGUGGAAGGCGCGCGCGUCGAGGAGUGCGCAGCGCGCGCGCCCCUCCUCGCUCGACACGGAAAGUCGAACUCCCGCUCCCAGCCAGCUGGCGCGAAAACAGAACACUCCGCUCCGGUCCGCGCAGCGCCCGGCGAAGCGUCACUGCGGCCGCGCGCUGCGCACCACUCGCGAUGGAGGCGACGGCGCACCCGCGCGUGA